AUGCUGUCCCCUGUCAUCUUUGUGGGACUUAUUGCCCUCAUUGGCAGUUCUAGGGGCUCGUACCCCUACAUACACUCAAUAAACCCUCACCUGCAUCCUCGCCUGUACCAUGGCUGCUACGGGGACAUCCUGAACAUGGAGACCUCAGGGGCACUCUGUGAUAUAAAUACUUUGCUAAACUGCGGGAUUCGUGGUUCAGAGAUGUUUGCUGAGAUGGACCUGAAGGCCAUAAGGCCUUACCAGAAUCUGAUCAAAGAAGUGGGACAGAGACAUUGUGUAGACCCUGCUCUCAUUGCAGCCAUCAUCUCCAGAGAAAGCCACGGAGGAGCCGUUCUGCAAAACGGCUGGGACUACAGAGGCCUUAAAUUUGGCUUGAUGCAGCUUGAUAAACACAUUUACCACCCUGUUGGUUCCUGGGACAGCAAAGAACACCUCUUACAGGGUGUCGGGAUACUAACAGACAGAAUUAAGGCAAUCCAGAAAAAAUUCCCUGCCUGGAGUGUGACUCAACACCUCAAAGGUGGUCUCUUGGCCUUUAAGUCAGGAAUUGACGGUGUCAUCUCACCUGCAGACAUAGAAGCUGACUUCGUCAAUGAUGUCAUUGCCCGAGCUAAAUUCUAUAAAAAGCAUGGUUACUAG